CCCACAUAUAUAUACGAUGCUGUGCAAUGUAUAUAUGUACUAAUUUCCGCCGUGAAUUUCCUUUUUUCUUUAUUUUUUUUCAACAACUCUUAUCUAUUUCCGUGAAACAUCCAAAAUAUAAUCCGCCUACAUGAGGCCAAUUUCAACCGCUGCCACUAUGAUUACGUGGAAAAUCUGGGGAUAAAUUAUUGUUAUUUCGAUUUCAUCUGAAUAAUAAAAAAGGGGGAAAGGAUAACUGGAGAUGUUGGAAGUUGGAUUGAGAGUGGUUCGAGGUCCGGACUGGAAAUGGACAGACCAGGAUGGUGGAGAAGGUCAUGCUGGAACAGUAGUAGAGAUUGGAAAGUCUCCACUGGCUCCAGUGAAUGGCACGACGACAGCAUCAAGCUCAACUGACAAAACCCCUGACAAAACAGUAAUCGUCCAGUGGGAUUACGGGUCAAGGAGUAAUUACAGAAUUGGUUACCAGGGUUACUACGAUUUAUUGGUGUUUGAUAAUGCAGCAGCAGGUGUUCAGCACUAUUCCAUCGUAUGCGAUGGGUGCAAAAGCCAUGGGAUUGUUGGCAUAAGAUGGAAGUGUGCACAGUGCUUCGAUUACGAUCUAUGUACCCAGUGUUACAUGGACGAUGUCCACGAUCUCAGCCAUGUUUUUCAGAGAUUCCAAACUGCCGAUGCCACCGGAGUGGAGUUAACCCCUCGAGAGGGCUGCACGAAGAUCUCCCUCAAAGGAAUAUUCAUCGGUGCAAAAGUUGUGAGGGGGCCAGACUGGGAGUGGAGUAAUCAGGAUGGUGGACCCGGGAAGACUGGAAGAGUGAUGGAUAUUCGUGGGUGGGAUAAUGAGAGCAGUCGUUCGGUGGCAACGGUCACUUGGUCGUCAGGGAGCACCAAUGUCUACAGAUUGGGUUACAAAGGCUGCGUGGACUUGUGUUACAUCGAGGAGGCGAGUUGUGGCACCUACUACAAGGAGCAUUUACCAGUGUUGGGUCAGUCUGUGACGGCAUUGAGUGAUGCAACCAACUCUUCGCCAUGUAUUAGUGCUCCAAGCACAUCUCUUCCUGGUCUUUUGGCUUUCAACGUUGGGGACAAGGUGCAGGUAUUGCGCGACGCCGAGACACUCAAGGAUAUGCAGAUUGGUCAUGGGGGAUGGAAUCCCAGGAUGGCUGAGUACAUUGGCAAGGUUGGCACUGUCCACAGAAUCACUGAUAAGGGGGAUAUGAGGGUGCAGUACGAUGGUUGCAAUAAUAGGUGGACCUUUCAUCCCAGGGCACUCACUAAAGUCAUUGGUAAAGAGACCUUCGCCCUUGGCGAUAUGGUGCAGGUUAAGAGCGAUGCUGCUACUGUUAAAAAUUAUCAGCAGGGCCAUGGCGAGUGGAUUGACGUUAUGAAGAGUGCAUUAGGCAAAACAGGGAAAGUCAUAAAAAUUUAUCCAGAUGGAGACCUGAGGGUGACAUUAGAGGGUCACACGUGGACACUGAAUCCCCUGAGUGUAACGAAGCUAUCGAGUGGUCAGGAAGUCGAGCUGAAUCGUCAUCAAGCCCCUGCUAUGGAGUCUCCAGCAGCAGAUGGUGCAGCAGUAGAUGUGGAGAAACUUCUGCUUGAUGCAGCCCGAGGUGAGGCUGAUCUCUCCUUAGUCCGGGAGUUCCUCCGGAAAUAUUCAGGAAGUGUCGACACUCGUCCUAAUGGCAUCUGGGGUGGCAAGAAGACCUGCCUCCAGGUGGCGGCCUAUCAGGGCAAUCGAGAGCUGUGUGCACUUCUCCUGGACGCUUGGGCCUCCCUCCGAGCAGUGGACGAGGACGGUGAUCCAGCCUUGCAUUACGCAGCUUUUGGUAGUCAGCCUGCGGUGAUGGAGUUGCUCAUUAAUCGAGGGGCACCCAUCGACGCUAUCAACAACAGUGGAUGUUCUGCCCUUCACGUAUCCGUCAAUAAACAAAACUCCGCCUGUGUCAAUAUUUUAUUACGCCACAAUUGCAAUGUAAAUUUACAGGACUCUUAUGGAGACACUGCUUUGCACGAUGCCAUUGGAAAAGACGCAACUGAUAUCAUCGAUGCAUUGAUUAAUUGCGAGAGAAUUGAUUUCACAUUGAGAAAUAAGAGGGGCUUCAAUGUUCUUCAUCAUGCUGCUUUGAAGGGCAAUACACACGCAACCAGACAACUCAUGACACGAAUUCAAAAUUUGGUCGAUGUAAAGAAAGACGAUGGAUUCGCAGCCCUGCAUCUGGCAGCGCUCAACGGUCACCGGGAGGUCUCUCAGAUCCUCAUAUCAGAAUCAAGUGGACGAGCAAAGGUAGACCUGAGGAAUAACCGUCGUCAGACCUCCUUACAUCUGGCAGUAUCACAAGGCCACUGGAGUCUAGUGGAGCUUCUCCUGAACCACAACGCUGACAUAAGGUCGAUCGAUGAGGAUGGAGACACAGUUUUACACAUUGCAAUAGGAAAAAGUCUUCAUCGACUUACGGCAGUUCCCACUCCCGACAGCCGUCGGGAUUCGCCGAAGAUUCACGCCAUUUGGCAGGACCUGGUGAACGCCAAUGGUCCCACAGAGCUGGCUCUCAGCUGUUUUCUCAUUAGUUAUAACAGCGCCAGUGGUAUGUACCUCAUCAAUGCCAAGAAUGCCAAGGGCAAGCUUCCAUUUGAUCUUUUGACUCCUGAGAGGAGUGCAGCGGGUGUCCAGGAUCUUCUCAUGUCCUACGUGCACUUCAGGAACAGGGAAAGAGAUCCAGUGCAGGUGGUCGUCGAGGGAGUUGCUGAAGAGGGUGCAGUUCCUGAGGUGACGAGCCCUCAGGUGAUGAAUGGUCCUGAGGUGUUGGAGAAUCAGAAUGACCUGAGCAGCUCCACUGGGCAUGACACUCAGGGGGAAACCUCUGGUCUUCAGGAGACUGUCAAGAACGAGCAGAAAGAGGAGAUCACGGAGAGAGAAACGAAUAAAGACUUGGAGAGGCUCAGGUACUUGGAGACCAGGGUUGCUGAUCUUGAAGAGGCCAACAUGUGCAGCAUCUGCAUGGAGAGGAGGAGAAACGUUGCUUUUCUCUGUGGACAUGGAGCUUGUGAACACUGCUCUGCACCACUCAAGACUUGUCACAUGUGUCGAAAAACUAUUACCAAAAAGAUCAAUCUUUAUUAGGGGUACCGGUAAAAUGAUUGGACAAGGGGUUAGAGUUUUCAGUUUUACCCACUGGAAUUUAAAUUGAAACUCAAGUGAUGGUAAUUGAUUUUGGGAAAGAAAUUUUUCGACACGAUUUUGACCGGUGGAGAGGGACACAGAGGCAAUUGACUCUUUUACACAUUUCUUUGGGUUUCAUUUGAAAUUCAGUAAUCGUGUAACACGUGAGCGAGUGAAUUUCGACUUUUUGAGGAUUUUCGUUUUUUUUUUACUCCAUCGUGAAAUUAAAAUGGAAAUUCACGGGAUGGCAAAUCGAUUCUGGAGAAGGGGUUGAGUGAUUUUUUGAUGGAACUGACCAGUCAGAGGUCGAUAGGUAAAUUUGCCUUGGAUGUUAUGUUUUAAACUUGAAUGAUGAAUUCAGGGAAGAAGUUGAUAGAAGCAUUUUCUCAUUUCUUUCAUUGGACUUAAUCGAUGUCUUUACACUGUGACUAUUUUUGUCUGGUACUUCUUAGGAGUCAUUUAUUCUUGUAAUAAAGGGAGAUGGGAAGAUAAAUGAACACAUUACCAAUUUACGUAGUUCCUGAUAUAAAAUAAUAAAAGAGUCAGUGAAAAAUCAAUCAGAAUCCAGUACUGAAGCUGCGGAAUAAUUUACAUUCGCCACUUCACUACUGAAUUAAGUGCCAAACAUUAAAAAAAAUAUAUGUUAUUAUCAGUUGUCUUGAAAAACAUAACGAUUCUUCACUGCACCACGACUUCUGGCAUUCAAUAAAUGUUUUCAGAUUCGCAAGUAGAAUUUUGGAAAAAGGUAUAAAAAAUGAAUUUGAUGGAAAAUCAAAUUAUUUUUCCACUCAUUGCAGAUGCAAUUUAUCUUCACAUUUCACUGAGACUUGUAAUUAAAUAAAAUGAAUCUGCCAAAAUGGAAUAAACCGGUGAACAGCUACUCCGUUGUGUAACCGAGUAAUGAUAUUCAGAUUGAAUAAACUGUACAGCAUUGUGCCAUAAUACAGCUUCCAGUUCUCCAAUCACGUCAAUCAACACAAUAGUUUUUACCGAUCAGUAAAAUGUCAUUUCCGCCUCACUUAUCAUGAAUUAAUGUUGACGAUUAGCCAAGUAAUUUAUUAACGUUUCACUCAUCCUGAAACACAGAAAUAGGUAGAAUCCACGUGAUAAUAAUCAGGUGGCAAUCAUGAAUGUUGAAUUUUUAUAAAAUAUUUAACGUUUUUUGGAUUUCUCGUCAUUUUUUACGAAAACUACAACGGUCCACUCAGUGGCAACUGCCGUAAUAAUUAAGAAAAAAAAGUUUAUAUUGAUGUAGAGAUAUAUAGAAUAUUCAUAUUGUAAUGAUUUUAAGAAAUUUAUACUCACUGAUAAUUAAUCAGGAAAUUUAAAUAAAUGAA